AUGGAGCAAGCUACGGCUAUCGAAGAAACCAAGUCUCACUCUGAGACAGCGAGCUCUGUUGAGAAGGCAGGCGAUCCUGAUUCUCAGCCUAGCCCCAGUCCCGCUCCCAAUGGUGAGGACGAGGUUGCCGGUGUUGCGCGCAUUGAAGCCCUUUACAAGGUGUUCGGCGGCAAUGGCGCGCCUCUAUGGGUCCUCUAUUUGAGCAUCGCCCUCAUUGCUUACGUUUAUUCCCUCGACUCCAACACCACUAGCAGUUUCUUGCCCUUUGCCACCUCUGCCUUCGAGUCUCACUCGUCUAUCGGAACUAUCGAGGUAGCUGCCGAGAUCAUCGCUGCUGUUGGAAAACCGUUUAUUGCCAAGCUUGCGGAUAUAACGUCGAGACCAAGAGCUUAUGUAUUUUCUCUCUUCUUUUACAUAAUCGGUUACAUCGUCAUCGCUUCUUCCUCAACGGUAGGCGCAGUUUGCGCCGGAGAAGUGUUAUACACAGUUGGGACCACCGGGUUAGACCUCGUCACCGACAUCAUCGUAGCUGAUCUCUCUCCGCUCAAAUGGAGAGGUUUCGCGACAGCUCUUCCGUCGUCUCCGUACAUCAUCAAUGCCUUUAUUUCAGCCGAAAUCACUAAUGGCUUCAUCCCGGACAAGUGGCGAUGGGGUUAUGGUAUUUUCAUUAUAAUGCUCCCGGUCGUGAUGGCACCUGGUUUGGUCGUUUUGUUCUGGGCAGAGUACAAGUCUAAACGCGAUAAUAUGGUGUCUAUUGCUUCCAGUACAUGGGAGCGUCGUAAUGCUGGCUCGAAUGAGAAGGUCACCUGGUACACCGUCGCUCGCGAUUUCUGUAUUCAUGUGGAUGUUUUCGGCCUUAUGUUGCUUGGAACAGCCUGGGCGCUGAUUUUCUUGCCUUUCACUCUCUACUCAGAUGCUAAAGGAGGCUGGAAAAAUCCCAGCAUGAUUGCCAUGGUCACUGUCGGAGGUGUCUUGAUUUUCGUCUUUGCGGCAUACGAAAAGUGGUGGGCACGAUACCCGCUUAUGCCCCCUCGUGUUCUUAAUAGAACCUUUCUCGGUGCCGUCUGCAUUGACGUACUCUAUAUGCUCUCCGGAAAUAUGCGAUCGCUGUACUAUUCAAGUUGGACUUGGGUGGUUAAGGACUGGACCACUCGUGAAUGGACUUACUUUAACAAGACCCUUACUGUUGGUCUUUGUGUCUUCGGUAUCAUGGGAGGAUUGAUCCAGCGCUACACUCACCGUUACAAAGCGCUGCAGUUUAGCGGACUGUGUAUUCGAAUCAUCGGUAUGGGUUUAACCUUCUAUGCCAGAGGUGACAAUGCUACAGAUGUUGCCCUCGUUUGGACCCAAUUACUGAUUGCCAUCGGUGGCGCAUUCAGUGUUGUCGGUUCUCGUGUCGCAUCUCAAGCAUCAGUUCCUCAUGCUGAUUUGGCUCAAGUCAUUUCUCUCAUAUCCCUUUGGACUUCCCUCGGCGGGAGCGUAGGAAAUGCAAUCGCUGCCGCAGUCUGGACUGGUAAAAUGCCCUACUAUCUCCGAAAGCAUUUGCCCUAUAAGACUCAGGCUGAGAUUAACGAGAUCUUUGGGUCCAUCAAGACGGCACGAACUUUGGACGACACAGAUAGGACCAACGUCAUCUAUGCUUAUAACGAUACAGUCUAUCUUCUCUACCUUCCCGCAUUGAUUAUUUCCUUCCUUCCUCUCAUCAUCCUAGUUUUCAUGAGGAAUUUCUAUCUGGGUGAUCACCAGAAUGCUGUACAAAACGUUGGCAUUGACGGGCGCGUUAUAGACAAUGAAGAAGAGCCCAGAGAGAAAGCAAAGGGUAACCAUAAUGUUGAGCGAGCUUAGAUUAUGAAUCGGGCAGGAUCAUAAGUUAGUCCGUUUAGUUUUUCAACACUUCACGAUGCUCGUUAACAUUGUUAUACGUACCGUAUAUGCGACCUUUGCUCUCUUGCUAAUACAUAACUUCUGCCUUUUUACU